GUUGAGACAACUUUAGCUGUUGAACACGGAAUUACUUCAGAUUUUUUUUUCUUUUUUGUGAUUAUCAGUCAUCUGAUAAACCUUACAGUCAGCAGUUUCUUGAUUUCAUGAACAGUGUGAUUCAUCAUGAAGCUGGAGGUGCCAAACAGCUUUGAAGAUGUUGCUGUUGAGUUUUCAAGUGAGGAGUGGAAGAUGCUGAGUGAACAGGACAAAGAGUUACACCGGGAGGUGAUGGUACAGAACUAUGAGAACAUGAUUUCUUUAGGUUAUAACAUCCCAUUGUAUGAACUUCUGUUACUUAUGAAAGAUGAAACAAUUCCAGCUGCUGAGACUGAAGGGAAAGCAACAGUGCAACAAAGGCAACUUCCUGGUAACAGAACCAGCAUCACCAGGAAUGAAGAAUUAAAUGUUAUCCAGACUCUGCAGUCAUCCUAUGGGAAACUCUGGGGUGCAGAAUGUGACAGAGCUCUGCCUGAUGAGAUGUUUAUCACAAGGCAAGACCCACUGAAGACGGAAACUAGACAUGAUAACAGUAGGCAAAGUAAUGAGGACUUUGCCAUGAAACCUGAAUUAGAAAAGCAUCUGCAAACUGAAGCAGAGGAAAUGCCAUGCAGCUGGCUUAGUCAUAGCAACACUGUAACCUUUUAUAGUAACAGUGUAACUGAUCAUCUAAGUGACAAUGGGGAAAGGCAAAAGAAUACCCCCCAACACAUAAACAAGCACUCAUUAGGCAGGAUUUGGACAAAGGUGUUAUGAAUGCCAAAGGUUUUACAGGUAGAAAAAAUGUAGCACUACAGCACAUCAUUCAUACUGGUCAGAAUCUGUCAACAACAUGUGACAAAAGUUUUACACAGAAUAAUGACAUGGCAAUAGUUAAGAAUGUUCAUGUUUGGCAAAAAUAUCAGAGUAUGUACACUAACCUAACACCAUGUAAAUGUGCCACAUGUGACAAGAAUUUUGCUGACAAAGGCAAUAUGUUGAAUAAUCAGAUACAGUGUGGGCAGAAGCCAUAUAAAUGUAACAUGUGUGACAGGAGUUUUAUAUGCAAAACUCUACUGGUACUUCAUCAGAAGGUGCAUACAAGGCAGAAACCAUACAAAUGUACCACAUGUGACAGGAGUUUUGCACUAAAGGGAUAUCUGGCCCAACAUCAGAGGGUCCAUAAUAGCACAGAAAUAUAUAAAUGUACCAUGUGUGAUAAGAGUUUUGUAUACAAAACCAGUUUGGUGACUCAUCAGGGUCUACACACUGGGCAGAAACCAUAUAAAUGCACCAUGUGUGACAAGAGUUUUGCAUACAAAAGCAGUGUGGUGCUUCAUCAGAGGGUCCACAGUGGGCAGAAGCCAUAUAAAUGUUCCAUGUGUGACAAGAGUUUUGUACGUAAGACUGACAUGGUGAGACAUCAGUAUAUACAUAGUGGG